AUGGGCGUGGAUUACUACAAGUUAUUGCAGGCGGAGCGUGGCGCCAAGGACGAAGACCUGAAGAAGGCUUACCGAAAGCUGGCCAUGAAAUGGCACCCGGACAAGAAUCCUAGCCGUAAGAAGGAGGCAGAAGCCAAGUUCAAGGAGAUCUCCGAGGCUUACGAGGUAUUGUUCAUCUUGAAACCCUUGUAAAUACAUGAACAUCUUGUCUCUGAAGCCGAUGGUUUAAUUGUUCUAUCGUCGGAUCAGGUGCUCAGCGACCCGCAGAAGCGGGCCAUAUACGAUCAGUACGGGGAGGAGGGACUCAAGGGACAGCCCCCCCCUUCCCCCGGCGGGGGCUCUUCUGGUUUCUCUUCUGGAAAUUCUGCUGGAUUCCACUUCAGCCCUCGGAGUGCCGAUGAAAUAUUCUCCGAGUUCUUUGGAUUCACCAACCCGUUCAGCGGUGGCGGAGGAACGGGUGAAGCCGGUGGUUCCGGGGGGGGAGCACGGUUCUCGAAGGGAUUAUUCGGGGAGGAUAUCUUUGGAGCAUUCCAGGGCAAUGGAGGUGGAGGGGGAGAGGCAUCAAGCUAUGCUUCCUCUCCCAGGAAGGGACCACCAAUCGAACGGAAAUUGGUUUGCAGCCUCGAGGAUCUGUACAAGGGAACCACAAAGAAAAUGAAGAUUUCGAGGGAUGUCAUCAACUCCAAUGGGUAUGCAUGUUACGAUUCUUCCCUCCCCCGCCUCACUUGCAGUGUAAAUUCGACGUCUCUAUCUGCAGAAAUGGAGUGACAUGCUCUAUUUUUUUAAUCGGAGUUUAUAACAAUUGAUUGGUUGAGUUCACCGACAGUAAUCACUGACGAGGCAAUGUGCCAAGAACCCUAGAGCAGAAAAAAUAGUCGGUGCAGUCUUACCGAUCAAGGAGAUUGAGAACUUUCACCUACCAUACUCGUGGAAACCCUCUUUAGCCCGAUCUAAGCCGCAGUCCAAACUCUUGAGAAUUCACUAAUCUUAGCUCCUUCGUAUUCCUUUCGCACCAGAUAAUCCACAACAUAGAGAAAAUCAGGAUCCUUCUUUCAGGACGAGCACGAGCAGCGAGGACUGCUGCCGUGUUGUCAUCUGUAUGAUACCUCCCCCAGUGAUCACCGCAGUGGGGAAUAGCUCUGAACAGGGAUCAUAUCCCGAUCAUCUCUCCCCGAUGUGGUUUUCUGCUCUCAGUUGGGUUCAGUCAAUGCUUUGAAUAUCUCAGAUACAAUAACUAGAGUUGCAACUAUACAAUCAUUAUAAUUCUGAUCAUAGCACAGCUUAUAAAGAUGGAGGCAGAGCUGGUGGCCAAUUGUAAACUUGGCUGUGAGUCUUAAUCUGGAAAGUAUAUCAGUGAAUGAUGCCAAGGUUGAGACGCCAUUCUGAACCAUAGCUUGCCCUUUGUCAUCUCUAUCAUUCUGUUUUGUAUAAUUUUUUCGUAUUUAGUUAUUCUUCUGGUGUUCUUCUUUUACAGGCGGCCCAUUGAAGCAAAUUUUCAUGCCAAAAUUGCCUCUUUUACAGCAUUCUCUUUUGUUUUUUAAGGCUGAUCUUGAAUGCCGAUGAACACUGCUGUAAUAUAGCAUUUCAGGUAUUUAUUUAUUUACUGAUAAAUACAGCGGAUGAAAGUGUUUUAAAAAAAAAUAGCGCAUUUUUAAAAAAAAUAAUAAAAGUGUUUUCUUCAGAGAAAACCAUUUACAUUUCCUCGCCGUUUAAACCUGAAGAAAAACUGCUAUUUUUUUGCUAAUUUUUCUCUGAAAAAGCCAAGAAAUUGGUCCCUCGAGCAUUCCAUGCAGAAUUAGUCUCAUUGACUCUGGAUGGUGCCCAAGUUGAGGGACCCACCGAUCAUCUUCUAUGCUCCAGACAAUUUCAUUCACUGAUCCUCUCGUUCUUCAGGAGGCCGACAUCUGUUGAGGAGAUCUUGACAAUCGACAUCAAGCCUGGCUGGAAGAAGGGCACCAAGAUCACGUUCCCCGAGAAAGGCAACGAGCAGAGGAAUAUGAUUCCUUCCGACAUCAUCUUUGUCAUCGAGGAGAGGCCUCAUGGGAUCUUCAAGAGAGAUGGCAACGAUCUGGUCGUCAUCCAGAAGGUCUCCCUCCUCGAAGCUCUGACCGGGUACACUGUUCAGUUGACUUCCCUCGACGGCCGGGCUCUGACCUUUCCUGUCAGCUACAUUGUGGGCCCCGACCACGAAGAGGUGGUUCGGGGAGAAGGGAUGCCGAUCGCUAAGGACCCAUCCAGGAAGGGGAAUCUGCGGAUCAGAUUCCAGAUCAGAUUCCCAACCAGGCUCACCCAGGAGCAGAAGGCCGGCAUCAAGAGCUUGCUGGCCUCCUGA